CCUAACUAAAUGGUUCUCUAUUUCAGGUUUGUGUUCGUGGACUUCACAUUAGCUUGGGUGUGUUUAAGAAACUGUUUGAUGAACUAGAGAACCAGUGCUUUGCACUGGACAAAAAAAAUUCAAAUGAUGCUGGCAGGAGACAGUGAAGAGAAUGAUGAAAAGAUCCAGGCAUUCAGAGCUGCCCAACUACAUACUAGACAGGCACAAAAAUUUCAUGAAAAAGCCAAUUCUUUAGAGGAGUUGCUGAAUUUACAAAGUCUGCAUGCUAAUGUUCAUAUCAUGCUUGUCUACUUUACACUACUACAGGAGGAGAUACACAAACUCCUUGGAAAUGCAAAGGAGGAGGAAAAGCUUUUGAGUGAACAAAUGGAAUCGGCUGCCUUUGAGAAAGUCAAUGGACCAUUAUCAGUUCAUUUGGAUGAGGUUCUCAAGAAAAUGAAUGUCAAGAGACAAGCUUACCAUGGAAAAUCAUUAAUUGGUAACCAUGUACACAUUUGCUGCAAGGUAACACAAAUCCUACCCUUAGAGAAGGAAAUUGUUGAGUCACAAAAUUCUAUUAAAUUGUUGCGGGUUUCUUUUUUGGUAGGAAGACAAUAUCAUUUAACUAUGCAGUACUGUGUCUAUGAAAGUGCAGACUAUCUCAAUAAUGGCAAGAUUGAUAAGCUAGAGGAAGACAUCGCAAAUUUUCAGUUCAUUAGGGAAAAAUUCCCAGACAUGAUGAUCACACCAAGGCUCCAUACGCUAGAAGAACAUGUUUGCCCUUUUCUUCAACAAUAG